AUGGGCGAGCCGGUCCCGCCACGCUGGGCGGGCCAGCGGCUGGCACGCGCCGGCCACUCCGGCGGCGCGGCGGCCUCAUCGCGCUCGUCGUCUGCGAGGCCACCGCUCGGCGUCGCCGCGUCCGACGGCGAUGGCGCUUGGCUGCGCGCCGACGUGCUGCCCGAGCGCGUUUGGAGGCAGCAGCAGCUCCUCGCGAGGCGCCUUCGGAGGGGAUCGACCAUCCUCCGCAAGCAGGGCUUCGUCGGGCGCGUCUUCGUCGAGCGGUGGGCCGCUCGCUUUUUUGAAAACUUUCGUGAGCACAUCGUACUGAUCUUUCACGGAGGAGGCUUUGUUUAUUUAUUCAUUAUUGAUAUAUGA